CCGCGCCGCCUCCUCCCGCCGCGCCCGGGCGGGCACUUGUUGCAUUGCAAGAGGGCUUUGGCAGCGGGCGGACUUCUCAUCCCGUCCUGGCUGAGGUUUACUGACUAUUCCUCAAGGCACUGGAUCAGCGUAUUUGGAGCAGCUGGCACAAGUCAUAAGGAAUAGAAGCUCCUUCAUUACACCUGCAAUUGGGAUUUCCCACUGCCUCUCAAAGUGGCAUCACUGAAGGGGACAGCUGUUACUGCUGUGGGAGAUCAAGAGCUCCUUCCAGUUGCAUCUUCUGUGUCAUCUGCAAAACCCCCAGUUACAAUCCCCAGUGUGCUGGCUGCAGAGAGGCCACCUUGUCAACUGGGAUCCCAUCAAGUGCUCUGAGCUCCUGUCCCUCCAUCAGAACUGAAGAGGUGCAGCAUGGCUCACAACUGCCUGCAGUGUAUCAAGUACCUAAUGUUUGUUUUCAACCUUCUCUUCUGGUUGGGAGGAUGUGGAAUCCUUGGUGUAGGCAUCUGGCUGGCUGUCACCCAAGGGAACUUUGCCACCCUCUCCUCUUCUUUCCCGUCCCUGUCAGCUGCCAACCUGCUGAUCGUCACAGGGACGUUCAUCAUGAUCAUUGGCUUCGUGGGCUGCAUAGGUGCCAUCAAAGAAAACAAGUGCCUCCUGCUGAGUUUUUUUAUCAUGCUGUUAAUUAUAUUUCUGUUGGAGCUCACUGUUGUGAUUCUGUUCUUCGUCUACACCGACAAGAUUGACAAGUAUGCUCAGCGGGAUCUGAAGAAAGGACUUCACUUGUAUGGGACAGAUGGAAAUAUUGGCCUCACUAAUGCAUGGAGCAUCAUUCAAACAGAUUUCAGAUGCUGUGGAGUCUCCAACUACACGGACUGGUUCGAAGUGUACAACACAACCCGGGUGCCAGACUCCUGCUGCUUAGAAUUCAGUGAGAACUGUGGGCUCCAUUCCCCAGGGACCUGGUGGAAAGCGCCUUGCUAUGAAACUGUGAAAGUAUGGCUCCAGGAAAACUUACUGGCAGUGGGAAUCUUUGGAUUGUGCACAGCUAUGGUGCAGAUUCUCGGACUCACCUUUGCAAUGACCAUGUAUUGUCAGGUAGUCAAAGCAGACACCUACUGUGCAUAGAUACCAUUCCCAAUCUUUCUGCUUCUCCUCCAAAGGACACAGGAGAAAUCUCCUUCAUGCUCAUACAUCUGAUCUUUCCCCCCCUUUGUACUAUAAACUGUGUAUAAUGCUAUCUUUCUGAAGAUUUUGUGAAUCACCCCACUUCACUGAAGGAGGAAGAAAAGAAAAAGUCAGUACUUGAACUGGCACAGGUAAGAAGCAGCCUUGUCUUGAAGCAGAGGAAAACCAAAAAAGCAAUGGUUCUUUUUCCAUGGCCUGUGGCAAGGCAAGAGAGGCUGCUUACAAGGGGCUGACUGCACACCCAUGUUAGGAAAAGAUGGCACUGAGGCAACCUCUGCAAAAGCUGCCAGGCUGCCUUCCUGCAUUUCCAGCCUGGAAGAGAGGACGUAGAAAACAAAUGUUCUUCAGCAAGAAGGUACAGAGUAGCUAGGACUGAAUGCAAUUGUAAUUUUACUACAGUUUGCACACAGCUAAAAUGUCAAGAUCAAGCAGCCCUGCCUCCAAGUGUCUCAAGAUGAUUUUGUAGCCAGGAGAGGAUCAUCUUCAGAAGUGCAUUGUUUUAAAGGAGUAUUUUUAAUCUUAUGUGCCACAGAGUCAGGCUUUUAAUCAGAAUCUGUACAGCAAGAUCCUGGCUGUUAAUGGAAAACAAUAUUGGACACUGCCUCACUUCCUAAUUGCCAGUGGCAUAUAGAUGGUUGACUGCAUAUGUUAUAUAUAUUACAUUCAUAAACACAUACUUUUCUGAAAGGAGGUGAAAAUACCCAGCAUCUAACCUCAGAAAGAGGAAACCUUUCUAUCCUAUUUUACAUUCCAACUGAAAUAACCAAGUAUUAUUUCUUGUACAAGGCACUAUCACUUAUACCUCUGGGAAACAAGUAAUUACUUUCAGCUGUAUCUUCAUUUCAGUAAACAACUUGUGAGUGGGCUCUCUCUGUCAGUCUACUAUGGCUUUAUUUAUCAUCCCCUUUUCAAGUAAGUCUGCCAAAAAAUAUCACUCAUUCCCAUGCUUGAAGAUGUGUACAAAGCUGUCAGCUGUUCCUUCCCUGAAUGUCACCAUUUCAUUAAUUUACUUUGGGCUAACAUCAUCUGCAGGUAUGAUAGAGUUUGCCUUGCUGAGGAAAAAUCAUUCGCAUAUUGCUCAUUUUUCUGAGAGUUAUUAAGAUUUCAGAUGCUUUUAUGCUUACCUUUUUUUUCUCCCAGCUGCACGCUGACAAGAGCCAAGACACAUCAGUCUCUGUUAGAACUGGAGUCACUUCUCAGUGCUCUUUUUCAGAUGCAUUUUCCUUCACCUAGCUGCUGGUUAGAAUAUAAUCCACGCUUUCUAGAAUUUCAUGGAAUCACAGAAAUAUGCAGAAAUCAAAACCAUUACUUUCCUUAACUAGGGAACAGCCACUCAUUGAUAACUGAAAUAAUUGAUGUAGUACCCUCCUAUGCACAUCUGGUGAUGAAGUUAAAAAUCAGAUUUGUCCUAUUGUUCAAACAAACAAUUCCCUGCCAGCAAACAGCUGCAGGUAGUGCAUGUGUGCCAGGGAGAAGCUGAAGCACCCCAGGGAAAGGACAUAGCAGGAACAGGCAAACAGAGCAAUGCAGAUGGCCUGUUCCCUCCAGCCAGCAUUUGAGGAGCUCUCAGCCACUGUCACUUAGAGCAGAGAGCUGACCAUGGAGCUGUGUUUUCCCAGGAAGCUGAGUGCAGCCAUUCCUGCAGACUGGAAGCAUGCAUCAAGCUCAUAGAGAAAGUUACCUUGCUUACAGCAGGUCUCAGCUCUGAGUGACAUUUUGCAUGCUUUGAUUUAAAGGCAAUUUCUAGCACAAAGCUGGACUUGCCAGCCCACAGCCUAUUGAACAAUCUCCUUUAUACCCACAACUAACCCUUUUCUGGACCUGCAUUAUUUGACAGAUUCACUCUCACUCAUUUGAUUUGGAAGGUUUUUUUGUCUCUGCUGAUUUCCUCCAGUCUUCUCACUCUCAGGCAUGAGCUACUGCAUAUUUUUUGGGAAAUUGCUUAGGACAGUCUGGUGUUUAAAAGAGCAAUUAUUUUCCAAAAUUUUACCCCCAUGGGGCAUUAAGCUAUGCAGGGUAAGGUAAAAAUAAUGUAUUACUUGUGUGCAUUUUAUGUGGCUUCCCAAUCACUAUCACAGCAACCUCCCCACCACUAAAGGAUUUUACUGUCAUGCAAACAAGCUCCAACAUACCCAAGCUGAGCAAGUAGCCCACACCCAGGUGCCCUGUACUCCAAAGCAAGAAGCUCACUCUUGUUGCAGUCACCACAGUCUCCAUGCUCUCUGCUCCUUGAGCCCAGGCUGACCUGCAGAUUGUCCUGCUCUGCAAAAGAUGGUGUAAGUUUGUUCCUUCCCUCUCUCUACUCUGUUCUUUUCUUAACCUGCACAGAUACAAUUCCAGGUUAGCUGUACCAUUAGUUCUUGCCUUGGUUUAUAGUUUGUACACAGGGGUGCUUCUGCUGACAACUCUGAGUUUCUACCACUGAAAAGCAGCAUGACACAGUGAUGAAUACAUUCAUAAAACAUUGAUUUUUUUUUUUAUUUUUGAGACAGAUAAAAGGUAGACAAGUCUAUUUGUAGUGAUCCCUGCCAUUAAAAAUUAACACAGAGACAGCAGGCUGAAGAUGGUUCAGUUGAUGGGAGCAAACCAUUGUGCAGACCUCCCACAGAGAGCAACUCUUAUCAAUUUGCUUGAUGGUGGUGUAGGGAAAAGAGAGAUCACAAACCCUUCUCCUGUGAGUCUCACAGUAAUAUGUGCUGAGCUCUUAGAGAAUGCUUCUAGACUUCAGCUAAAGCUUCAGUGGAAACAAAAUAUGAGAAGCAGACUGGAGACAAGUCACAUUUUGUGGUUUCCUCUAAUCACUUUCCACAGUUUAGAUGUCUUUACAAGAUAAACUUCCUUGGUUUUCAAAAACAAGUACCUAAAGGGAGUAUAAGCAACCCUCCCUUUGUAAAUCCCAGUCACUGCAACAAAAACAUACAGUUAAGGGAAAAAACAAAACAAAACACCACAAACAAACAAACAAAAAACCAAGCAGACAAACAAACAACAACAACAAAAAAACCCAGAUCACAUAUUGCUGCUAAUAAUUCUUUUUUAAAUACUCUUCUUCCACUACCAACGGAGAUGCUACUGCAACUUGUUCAUAAUUUGAACUGGACUGUUUUGUAUUUUUGAUGUUGUUAACUCUCUCCACACACACCAAACAGCUGUUACAGUGCUUACAGCAUUACCAGCACAAUCCAACUUCAUACCACUGAACACACUGCAUAUAACAAGCCUCAAACUUACCAUAUUUUCUUAAGAUCGCUGUAUCCUUUCUCUGCUGACAAGGUCAGAAGAUUUUGUGAUGUGUAACAGCAACAAUCUUUAAAAAAAAAAGCCAAAAAAAAAAGACAGUUCCAUUUUACACAUUAAACUGGUUGAUUAUAUAUAAGUAACCUGUAGUACAUAAUAUCCAUUUGAAAGGCUGCUGAUAUUGAAUGCAGGCAGAGCAACACAGAAGUCAUUCCAAUUGCUUCUAUUAGUGUCUUGUCACUUUAGUAAAGCCUUUUAUAUUAUUGUGACUUCUUAUCUUUAAACAUGAAGGAGGACUCAAUACAUUUAAAUUAAAGACAGAACCAAAGGCAAUAAAGGAACACUCCUAAUUUAUUCUCAUGGCUGUUCCUGCUUAAUAACAAGGUAUGGGGCACAGGGCAUAUGACUGAACCUAAUGAAUUCAGCAGUUUCAGGAUUUAGCUGUUUAGAUUCAGUCCAAUAUACUUUGGACUUUUCAUUUUCACAAUUAUUUAAAAAAAACACCCAAACCCAUAUAUUUAAUAGAAUAUGGUUCAUUUUCCCACACUGUCACUAGCAGCCAAAUCUUAUUGCUUGUACCACAGAAUUACUUAGCUCCUCAUCAUACAGUGCACAAUCACUGAAAUACACUUCAGUUUCUGUUCUAUAAAUACUUCUUUGGUCUCCCCCCUCAAAUUAAACAAAAUCAUAAAAGUUUAUUCUUUGAUCAGUAAUCGGCAUUUAAAUGCAGCAUUGUGGGAUUUAUCAUAUGGAGAGGAAGGGACUGCACAGAAGCUGUAAAAAUCCUCUGUCUUGCAUCAUCAAUAGGGCUGCUAAGGGAAUCCAUCCAAACCCUCACUUCUCACAAACUGAUGAGACUUGGUCACACUGAGUGACUGGGGUGCCUCUUACACCUUCCCAGGGCAGGACAGGAGCUUGUCAGCAUGGACAAUGUCACAGCCUUUAUUUACCCCUUGGCUUCAGUGUUGUGCUAUAAAUGUGGCACCAAAGGUAAGCAACUGAAACCAGCAGUUGAUUGUGGCAUUAUUUAAACCCAGACUCUUUAUUUACUCUAAUUUGUCUGCAAGAAUUUGCUAAGUGUAAAUGAUCUGCAUAGAUACUGAAUUAGACAGUUAGAAAACACGUUGGGACUUGCCAUGGGAAAUCUUGUUUGGAUUCCAUUGUGAAUUCUCCUCCCUUGUCAUUGGUAUCUUACCACAGUGGGCAGUCUCCUCUGUUCUUUGGAUUUUGUUGCUGCAAUUACAAUGGUACAUUUUUGUGCAUUCAUAUAAAGAACAAAAUUUAAAAUAUACCUUUUAUUUUUUAAAAGUUAUUAAAUAUUCUUUAAAGUUUACAACAGAAUGUCUUUUGUAUUCUUUAUAAGCAACUGCACUACAAGCUGAACAGUGAUUCUAUACAGACCCAGAGAUGUGUGUGUGUGCAAGUACACACACACACUGUAUGCAAUUUAACAAAACCCUACAGUGUUCCACUUCUUUGUCAUUUCUCAUUACCUUUGAUUUGACCUAUCCUUCCUUUCUUCCUUCCAAAUUUAUUAUUAUUAUUUAUGUGGCUUACCUAUUCCCAGUUGAAUGUACACCUCUCUUUCCUUUUAAGGGCAGGCUACCUGAAAUUAUGUGAUCCUCAACAACAAUUCAGAAACUACUGGGAGAUCAGGUUUAGUGUUAAAAAAGUACUCACACUCAAACCAAAUUAUUUUGUGUUCACAACUUGUCUGUUACUGAUAACUUUGAAAUAAAAGGACUUCUCUUUUUCUGAGGUAGUUGCUUACAUUCAGAAAUUACGUAGUAAAACUUGAAAAAUUAACACCAGAAUGUUUUUGAAUUGAACAGCUAGGAACUUGUACUGUGUCAAAUCAGAAGAAUGUCUGCUUAGCCAGGUAUGUUAACUGCAGUCACGUCUAACACUGCCUUUUUUUAUACAAUUUGUCAUACUCAAAUUGCUCAAACAUCUUUGCAAGUGAAAUUGCCUCUAAACUGUGCAUUCUGAACACAAGUGUACUGUUGGAAUUGUAAUGGGAGAAGUAGAGACCCAGGGGUUUUAGAGGUUAUUGCAGGAAGCAUCAUAAGGGAUAACCCACAUAUUUCAUGGAAGUUUCUUACAGCUCCCUCACUUCAGGAGAGAUGUUUAUCUUACUUGAAUUGUCCCAAUCCCAUUAAGGGCACCACUAGAUGCUCUCAUCAGCCACAUCUGUCUUUAAUCCCUUUCUGACUUUGUGAAACUUUUUUAGUUCUGCAGUAUAGCAGUGAAUUUCAAAAUUUCUUCACGUUGCAUUUAAAAGAAUCCUUCUUACAUGGAUUUUAACAUUGUUGCCUUUCAAUUUCAUUUACUCACCAUUGGUUCUAUACUUCAGGAACAAUAACUUAAUGAUGCUUACAGAAAUACAUGGGCUCAGAGCAGCAGUAUUACCUUUACAGCUUAAUUUGCCUUUCCAGUAGAGCUUAACCCUGGGUAAUUGAGUACCCUAUUGAUUUUUAAGAUCCCAUUGUUUCAAACAACUAAGCCCAGUGUACCUUCCCUCAGUAGCUAUCCCAUUUGUCUUUGCUUUUGUACUACAUGUUGGCAUCAACAGAGCUGUUCCUACUCUAAUCAACAGCUAGAUGAGUAUUUCACCUCACAGUCUGCUCUUUUUCCAAAAUACACUUAACACAACCUGGAAAUAUCAGGCCUAGCUGAUUAUUCUGGCUGUGUAAAACAAAAUACUUUCUGUCUGCAUGGUGAUAAUUUUCAAAGAAAUUUAAGGGCAGCUUAUGAAGCUUCAUCCAAAGUUUUGUCUUGACACAUUAAAAGUGCAAAGCACAGAGCCCUAUAUUUCUUAUCUUACCAUGCUAAAAACCCCAAGCAAAUAAGAAAUCUGUCAUUAAUAACUCAUCUGGCAAAUGCCACAUGAAAGGUUGUUUUUUUGAAAUCCCAUUAGCUGCCUAAGGUAGGUCACUUUACCCUAGGCCUUGCUUCCUUGUCUUCCCCUGCAAUAAACUGUUUCCCCAUGGAAACACUGUCUGUUCACUAGAAAUCCUGGGGUUUGUUGGGUUGCAAGGAGAGCUCAGUUUACAUUCCUCCCUCCAAGAGCCAGAAAACAUUCACUACCAAAUCUACAGCGUGUGUUAGACAGCUAAACAGAAGUUUUAUGUCCUACAAUGAGGGUUUUUAAUGAAGAAAUAGCUGAUCAGUUGAACUGAUUUCCCAAACAAGUCCUUGGUAUCUUUUAUGCAGAAAUCAUUUAGGCAGAGCAGAAUAUUUUGUUACUACAGAAUUGCUUAACAGAGACUUCCCUGUACUUGCAAUUAAAGAAUAAUUUGAAAGGAUGGGAUAAUUAUCCACUAUAAACUUCCCCUUAUAUUCCCAUGGCACUGCUAUUACAGAGUAUAGUUCAAAUCACAGGCAACAAAAUUAAACAUGCAACUGUAUAUAGUUAAACACAUAGAAAACAAAAAUCUAUAUAAAGGAAAGUACAGCAUAAAAAACUCCCAACUGUUAAUGUGUAUUGCACAUGUCUAUGUCUCAUAUGGACUGUGACAAGAGUUUCAGCUGUAAAUCAUUCAUCCUGAAGAUUAACUAAAAAUUACUGGAGAAAUACAGGGACUUGGGGAACUGGUUUCUCAAAGUCUAUUCAGAUACACCUCAUCAUCUCCCUCCUCCACAAAUGCCCUUCUUUGGCCCUAUAAGCUUAAGUCCAUCACUGCUCCUUCCACCUCUUUCAUUUAAAUCUGCUUUUCUGCACACAAAAAUACGUUGUCAGUCACAGUCCCAGUGUAUCAAAUGUGGAGAGGAUUCAGCUGUUUGACUGUAUAAAUUUUAGUGCCCAAUAGUAAGACAUGUUAUGUGGCUUUAUGAAAUUCAGGUUUGAUACUGAUUUAGGAGACCACAAUCUCUACAGAACAGAGCAGAAGUACUCUGACAGAGAAAUUCAUGCAGCCUGGUUCUGGACCUAUAUAGUGACUGAAUCUGAUUUGCUCUUAAUGUCCUCAGUUCUUGAUGCAAGCCUGCAAAAAGCUAGACAAGCACAGUUAUCAAGCAGAACUGUCACUGGCUGUUUUGCAUGCUCCAGACAGACUAAUGCUGCAGGGAUUCUUUUUCCAUUUUUUUUUUUUUCCAGUUUACCUUGGAAACUUGUUCAGUGUUAUUGUAUCAGCCACAGAUGCAAUUAACAGAUUCUGAUACUAUACCUCAGUUUGAAUAAUAAGCACCCAGGAUACUGAGGUAAAAAUAUGCCUCAUCUUAGAAAGGAUUUUUUUGUUCUUUUGAAAUGUUCACCUGCACCCACACACUCGUAAGGUGACUGGGGGAGCAUAUGCAUCCCCACAGUUUGUACUGUGGCAGCCCAACUGUCCAAGAUAACUUCUAUUAAAAAAAAAAAAAAAAGGUGUAAAAGUGUGUUUGUGUGAUUCUCAGUUCUCUCAUUUUCACUCUGUCAUUUCUCAAGGAACAAACCCUCUCCCUCCCUUAAGGGAGUUAGAGCUGUUUGCAAACUCAAUUAGGAUGAAGCAUUUGCAAAUACUCCAGGAAAAGAGCACUCCUGUGUUGUGCUGAUUCUAAUGCUUUUUUGGAACCCCACCUCUCCCUCAGUAAUAAUACCAGGUCUCUUAUCACAGUCAAAGUCACCAAAAGCUUUGUUGUAAUUUCAGAAUACCACACAGCCUCCCUCCAUCCCUCCCUCCCCACUGAUGGCCCCCUGUGUUAAUGUCACUUGAAAUCCAAGCUGGCAUUAGUUGAACCCGGAGGCUGUAUGGAAGUACAGGGAAAGCUCUUUGGGUGAAUUCUUCAUGCUGUAAACUCAGCUGCAGGAACUGGACACACAAAUAUGUUAGAAACAGUAAUAUAUCCCCUUAGAAGCCAGAGGUGCUUUGACUAUUCUGGUGAGCAGCUAAGUUAUGGUCUCUUAAGGGCAGAGUUGCCUCAAAACCUCAUGAUUAAAAACAUUCCUACUUUUGGCAGAAGGACAGAAAUUGUGAACUCAGACCUGUGCACAACAGAAGGAAUUAUGGCUUUGCAAAUGCAAACACAAGAGAGUACAUAGACUGAAUUGAUGUGUCAUAUAAUUACUAACUCACUUUCCCUAAACAAAGUAAUUCACCAGCUUGGAAGUACAGCUUGUUGUCAUGGAACUUGCUUGAUAUUUGGUGCUAAUAAAAAUUGAAGUUUUAAAUCUC